UGCUGAGUGUAAAGGCUAUAGAUCUACGUGCUGGAGCUGAUAACUAAGGUCACAAACAGUUACUCAUAUUAAAUUGCUGAGUGUAGAAGACCGUAUACCUCACUGCAUGCUGGAACUUAUAAAUACUCACUAGAUCUAGCUUGCCCUGGCCUGAAGGGAUACUCAAAGCGUAAAAAGCUUGAUCUACCGUACCUUGGACUGUUUAUGUUGUUUGUCACUCUGUUACACAAGUGGCCUAGAUAUUUCAGGAUCAGAAAUUGUGUCAUCAAGCUCAUGAAUAUGUCAUCUGCAACCAACAAGGGCGAAUUUGUGAGGAAAGCCUCCAGCUUCCGAAACUGGAUAACCGAAGAUGGUAGCAGUGGAUUCCCAUCUGCAGCUGGUCGAUACCACUUGUACGUCUCGCUAGCUUGCCCCUGGGCGCACAGGACUCUAAUCGUGAGACGACUGAAGGGCCUAGACAAAGUGAUUUCUGUAAACGUUGUGGACCAUUUCAUGGGCGAGAAGGGAUGGAAGUUUGACACCUCUGUACCGGAUGCUACUGCAGAUACUGUGAAUGACUGCACAUACAUCAGAGAGGUGUACUUUAAAGCCGACAAAGAUUAUCAGGGUCGUUUUACUGUGCCUGUUCUGUGGGAUAAGGAGAAAAAGACAAUUGUGAAUAAUGAGAGCUCUGAAAUUAUCCGCAUGCUUAACUCUGAGUUCAAUGAAUUCUGUGAGACUGAUGAGCAACGCUCACUGGACUUGUACCCCGAACACCUCAAAAAAGAUAUUGAGGAUCGAAACGAGUGGAUAUAUCCUCAGAUCAACAAUGGAGUAUACCGUUCUGGUUUUGCCGGGACCCAGGCUGCCUAUGACGUGGCUGUGAGGGAGGUGUUUGAGGGUCUGGAUCGUGUUGAGGGCAUUCUCUCUACACACCGCUAUCUCACUGGAAACACUCUCACUGAGGCUGAUGUUAGACUCUUCACUACUCUCAUUAGAUUCGACUCCGUCUACCAUGUACACUUUAAGUGCAACAAGAAGAAGAUAGUGGACUAUCCCAAUCUCUGGGGCUACGUGCGUGAGCUCUAUCAGCACCCAGCCAUUAAACCUACAGUCAACAGGACUCACAUUGAUCAGCACUACUAUAGGAGUCAUAGCAUCAAUCCAAGCGGGAUAGUUCCCAUCGGACCAGACACUGACUAUGAUGAACCACACAACAGAGACAAAAUCCAAAACUGAUUCAUAGACUUGUAUAUCAUUAUAGAUCAAUAGAUUUAUGAACUUA